AUGAAAGGAAAAGAAGUAACUAUACCCGCCGAAUACACGCAAUCGCAUCUACUCUCGAAUGACCUAUUUUCUGCACUGCAAAAGUACAACGGGACGAUCGGUUGGGACGCAACUGAUAGCGGUAAUGUUGGACAAAAUCAACCCAGCAAAGGAACGCGAAUAUGUAGCGAUGACCUUUUCUCGCCCACUUUUGCGGCCAUUGUACGACAAUCCUUCCAACAAGGUGACAGUCUGAGUCUGACGGAAGAUUAUAGUCAGGGUGCAGGGAGGCACUCGACAUCCACACCUUUGACCACGCGUGAUAGUAGUGAUCUUCCUACAACAGGAACCAUGCCAACCAUAAGUCCUACUAACUGUGACAGCCUGGAUCGGAUCCGGGAUGGCCUAUUUGGCUCAGCGCCUAAACUGGAUAUCUCCGUUGAUCCAGCGAAUACAAUCGUUGACACGAUUGUAUCUACUCCUGUUUCUGGCUCUGCAGCUUUUAACCCACAAACCUAUUUGUCGACGCAAACUUGCAGAAGUUCGGAAAUGGAGGAGCAGUACGCAGGCGGAUCGCAUUCGGACAGUGAGUUAAACCUGAGCUCUGAUUCAGCGCGUCGACGAAACCGGGAAGAUAUCAAAAUACAACCGUAUGCCUUACGCGGAUCUGUGGAGGUUUUCCGAUGUCCACUAUGCGAAAAGGAUGAGAUCUUCAGUCGUGGUCAGCUGACACAUCACUUACAAGAACAUCAGAGCCAUUUCAAACGUGACGAUUACAAACACGUGUGUUGCUUCUGCUUCAGUGAGCUGAGCUCUAACAGUUCCUUAGAACGACAUUUGCUGACCCAUACAAAUCAUAGGCCGUUCAACUGCUUUUACUGUGACAAGGCCUUCACCACAAACGGUAACCUCAGUCGACACGUACGCACGUCACACCAAGUAAAACUGGACUCUUCGGCUACCGAAAUUGCAACUGAAAUAUCUGGCUCCGCUGCUCCUUGGAACCCGAUUUCGAACGUGAUUUCUAGUGCAACUGAUCUAUCUCUAAAACCUGAAGUUAGUACUCAACAGCCCUUCUGCCCCAAAUCAACGGAAACACCGUCUUCAGUUUGCCCUUCAUUCAGAACAAUAGAUCCACAUAAUAAUGGCGCCAUACCGGAUACGUCGAACCUCACUUCAGCAGAAUUAGUUGCAAAUUUUCCCGUGAUCCCGUCGAGUUUUUCGGUCGUAAGCCAGCUUCCGUUCCUCAACCCCUUCAUGGCCCAGGAACUCAACGUGCCCUGUCCUGCGACACCCAAUAUGUUGAACGUGGUGAAUUCCACCAAUAUUCUGUGUCAAAAGCAAGAAAUUCGCACCCAGUUCAUCGCUGUCAGUACAAAAGACAACGCCAUCAAUCUCGAUAGACCGAACUAUAGUAUAGCAGGGCAUGAGUACAUACAGCCCGCGAAGAUCUUCCAGUGGCUUAUGGAACAACGCAUGCAGAAGUACAAUGAAGUUAAAGACGUUGGCGAUGCACGGAAACUGUCCAUAACAGGGUCUCCAAAGUUGUUUUUAGAAGACGAAACGCAAAAGACUUAUCUACACACGAAUGCAGGAAGCAGAAACUUCCACACGGUAAACCUACCAGUGUCGGAGCCACUCUCAACUGAUGUUCUGUUUACACAGGAUGACAACUUAAGAGGACGCCGGAAUUUAGCGAUGAUUAAUCGAACGGAGGACAGUCACCGCCGAAAUCUAAACAAUCGUAAAGAAAAUACUGUCGAACAGAUGGCGGUCUCAGUGCUGCAAAUUCUGGGUUUCGCUUUCCUGAUGAUUGUUGUUGCAAAUUGUUCAACAAAACUUGCUUCAGCAGAACCACAGCCGGGACUGCGAGUCAUGAACGGUGCAAACAUAAUCAGUUACAGGAAACGGAAACCCGAUAUGUCCGCUUUCUGGGAGGGAGUGCCUGAUUUGGGCAGGACUGUUCUGUCUACUUAUUGUUCGGGGCUAGGUGGCUCAAGUGGUAAGAGCGCGACUGGAAGGUCGGUGGUUCGAAACCGGCCUCUGCCUCUCGACUACCUACCUCUAGGCUUGGCGACCUGGCAGUAUCUCAGCCCUCUGCCCUUUCCCUGUAUAGCUACCAUGACACUCGAGGAAAUCACGAGGACUGAGUCAUUACCAGGUUGCCUAAGCCUAGACAGGAGCAUUCCAGAUGCUGGGGGUGGGUUCGAACCACGAACCUUCCGGCGAUGCCCCAACUCCUUUGAAAACUUGCCCAAAGGUGAGGAUGUGAACGUUUGCAAAAUGGUUCGGGAUACAUUUGAAUCAGAUAGUCGACUUCUGGUUUUCACUUCUGGUUUACGAGCUGUUCCGACACCCCAACUAGUGGCGCAACAAAGCACGGAAUCAUGUUUUAUCGAGAAUGAUAUUCCAGAGGUCCUUGACCUGUCCAUCCGACGUGUAUCCAGAGCUGAAGAAGGUGCAACUUCAGGAUCAAUUGCUUGUCAUCAGUUGCUACCAACGGGUAUUCAGCGAGUUGAGGAUUCCAUUCUGAUUAUGAAUGCCGUGUGUAACCAACUGAGUCCAACUCCUCAGCCGUAUACUACUCAAGCUGUACCAGGCGCCUCAAGCUCAAAUAUUUUGGGUCAGAACCUACUAACACACUUGGAAGAUAUUCCUCUCGAUUUCAGCAGCGCUCACCAAGCAACUCCUCAGCGGAACUUACCGCUGUCUGCCAAAAUCUUCACAGAGCAAAUUAGCUUUCAAGCGGGACGAAUUCCGCUGAAAUCCCUUCCAGCUAUUGCGAGGGCAGCCAUCCCAUAUGUGCACAAGAAAAAUUCAUACAAAGAUGCGCCAAAACUCAUUACAUGCCCCAUUCCUGGCUGUACGCAAAAGUUUCCGUGGAACAGCUCAUUGAAGCGGCAUAUUUUGACACAUACCCUGCCCUUUCCCUGUAUAGCUACCAUGACACUCGAGGAAAUCACGAGGACUGAGUCAUUACCAGGUUGCCUAAGCCUAGACAGGAGCAUUCCAGAUGCUGGGGUUGGGUUCGAACCACGAACCUUCCGGCGAUGCCCCAACUCCUUUGAAAACUUGCCCAAAGGUGAGGAUGUGAACGUUUGCAAAAUGGUUCGGGAUACAUUUGAAUCAGAUAGUCGACUUCUGGUUUUCACUUCUGGUUUACGAGCUGUUCCGACACCCCAACUAGUGGCGCAACAAAGCACGGAAUCAUGUUUUAUCGAGAAUGAUAUUCCAGAGGUCCUUGACCUGUCCAUCCGACGUGUAUCCAGAGCUGAAGAAGGUGCAACUUCAGGAUCAAUUGCUUGUCAUCAGUUGCUACCAACGGGUAUUCAGCGAGUUGAGGAUUCCAUUCUGAUUAUGAAUGCCGUGUGUAACCAACUGAGUCCAACUCCUCAGCCGUAUACUACUCAAGCUGUACCAGGCGCCUCAAGCUCAAAUAUUUUGGGUCAGAACCUACUAACACACUUGGAAGAUAUUCCUCUCGAUUUCAGCAGCGCUCACCAAGCAACUCCUCAGCGGAACUUACCGCUGUCUGCCAAAAUCUUCACAGAGCAAAUUAGCUUUCAAGCGGGACGAAUUCCGCUGAAAUCCCUUCCAGCUAUUGCGAGGGCAGCCAUCCCAUAUGUGCACAAGAAAAAUUCAUACAAAGAUGCGCCAAAACUCAUUACAUGCCCCAUUCCUGGCUGUACGCAAAAGUUUCCGUGGAACAGUUCAUUGAAGCGGCAUAUUUUGACACAUACCCCACACAAACCGUUUGCAUGUACACGAUGUACCAAGUCAUUCUCCACCAAAUCCAAUCGCGAACGACAUAUGGAGCGUGUGCAUCAAGUCAGUUUGAAACGUCAGCGUCAACGAAUUCAGAGUCAUUUGGCGGGUGCGAGUAGCGAACACCGAUCAGACUCAAGUCUUUUCUGCUCUGACUCCAUUUGUGGGUCCUUGAACCAAGAUCGGGCAGAUGGGUCUCGAUCAAGUGGGAUGGAAGAGCUUCGGGAGGACGAAAUACUUUCGAUGAAUUCCAAUGAGAAACAAGCUGAAGAUAUAAGUAACACUUUGCUCAUACGCGCUGGAGACCCAAAGGUGGAACCCAACCCGGAGCGUCUAUACACUGCGGCGUUGGUGGCAGCGGCCGUAGCGUGUAGAUCUGGUACCAAUGGCUUACUCAGUACGGAUGAUGGGGACGCCAGUACAGAUUACUUACUUCCCGCAUCUGUAUUGAAAACUUCCCUGGGCCGUGCAAGUAAAAGGUAUCGGAAGCAGCAAACACCUACAACAGUGCACAGCCCCGAUAAUAAACCGGCUACUCCAUUGAGCCCAAUGGUAUCUACGAAACAGGAAUGCCAGUUUGAAGUGGUUGAACCUGCAAUGGAUCUUAGUCUCCGCAGCCCCUCAGCUCUAGCUGUCCAACCAAACGUCCAAUGCCCAGUCUGCCUGGUUCAAGUAGCACCUCGUCAAUUUCGACGCCACUUUCAACUACAUCAAUCGGAAAAUCCAUUGUUUCGUUGCCAUCUUUGCCAACGGUCAUUUCGUGAUCGUCUGGAGACACUGAUACAUUGGUCGUCCGCUCAUGCAAACGAGUGGAGUCGGUUUGUAAAUAACCUUGGUAUCAAAGGUGGAGGACCAGCGGAAGCCUUGACAUUUGCCUUCAACGCAAAUACCGAAUUGAUGGUUGACCAAGAAUUCAGUUCCGAUGCAUCCAAACUCACAUCACUAGGAGAAGGAGGUAUUGAUCUGCGUUAUGUCGCCUGCUGCGUGUGCCUUCAUCGCUUCGGAAGCCAGCAAGAUCUGCAGAGACAUAUGCGAUCCCAUACGGGCGAGAGACCAUAUGUGUGUCCUGAAUGUGGGAAAGAAUUCUCUCUGAAGCACAGCAUGCAUCGACACUAUCGUGUUCAUCUAAAACAGAACAAUCAAUCUCCAAUCCAGGAAGACAAGCUUUCUCCAAACAUUGUACAAACUCCUCCCGCAAGUUCCUGA